AAUAAUGAUGCCAACGUCGGCAAUAUCGUAAUUUCCCCCGCCGUCCUGUCUGGUAAGGUGACGGUCGAAUUUUCUUUCCCAAUCCCACACACCUCUCGACGCUAUCGUUUAUUCAGCUACGUCUUCUUCUCUACAUUCCAAAACCCUAAUUACUGUUAUUGUUUCUCCAUCCUUAUAUUGAAAUCACUCGACUGAUUUUCCUGCGGACCGAUGGUCGUCUGAAAUUGCAUCCACUGCUCAUCAAUCAGGUCACUAAACCAAUCGUUUUGUUCCAUAUAGUGGCAUUACAAUUUCUGAUCCAUUAUUCAUCUUGAUUGCAUCCAAUUUAUGAAUAUUGGCAAUGAAUUUUAUGCCAGAUUACGUGCUGAUAGUCUUUUCAUGAUUUUUUUUGUUGUUGUAUUACUAUCAAAAUUAGGGGAUCAUUAUCUAUGUUCCUGUUUUUAGUGUUACCAAGUGUUGUGUAAAGUCAAUGCCUAGAAUGUAAUGACCUCACCUGAUCAUAUCCUGAAAACAAAGGGGAAAUAAAUUUCAAUAGGUCGUUGACUGCCCUUUUGUUUGCUUCUAGCGAUUGGAAUUGUAGUGUUUUAGAUGUGAUGUGGCUUGUGGGGAAGCUAGCUUUCUCCCAUUGGAUAUAGCUCUGGAAUUUUCUUCAUCUCACUCUCCCAUUUAAGCAUUUACAGUUGAAUGACUGAUACAACCAGAUGUCCAGAAUCAACAACACAUUUACAGUUGAAUGAUGUGAGGGACAAUGGAAGGAGAAAGCAUUGCAUUGAUACAUCAACAGCAAUAUCUGUAUUUGUCAUGAUUUUUUUUAUUUAAAUUUCUGCCAAAGGACCAGCAAUGCAAUUAGUAAAGCAUGAUAUUCAGGCUGAGGAUUCAUCAGAAACAGAGCCCAUUUUAUCCUGGCCAAGUAUAGCAGAAAGAUCAGAAGAAUCUCCAUCCUCAAUUGAAAUAACUGUGGGUGUGGAAUCUUCUGGAGCUGCACAUCCAUCUGUUCCCGAUAUUGAUGAGAGUAUUUCUCUAGUUUGCACAGAACAACCACAAUGCCGCAUUUGUCUCGACGCUGAAGGUGAAGAUUUAAUAGCACCCUGCCAUUGCAAAGGCACCCAAAAGUAUGUCCACAGAUCUUGUCUUGAUAAUUGGAGGUCAACAAAGGAAGGCUUUGCUUUUGCUCACUGUACAGAAUGCAGGGCAAAGUUCAUAUUGCGGGCGAAUGUCCCUCCUGAUCGUUGGUGGUUGAGAUUGAAAUUUCAAUUUCUGGUUGCAAGGGAUCAUGCGGUCAUUUUCGUUAUUGUUCAGCUGGUUGUUGCAUUUCUAGGUGUGCUGUUGUACAAAUUUUAUGGAGAAGAACUGCGGGAGAUGUUUGGUUAUGAAGAACAUCCGUAUGGAUUUUAUACUAUGGCCGUUCUUGCUAUUGUGCUGGUGGGUUUGCUCUAUGGCUUCUUCAUUGCAAUAAUAUGCGGUCAGAGGAUCAAUGAACGACACUACCACGUUCUUGCCAAGCAAGAGUUGACAAAGGAGUAUGUGGUGGAAGACAGAGAAACUAACAAGCAUGUGUCAGAACUUGAUCCUAGUCAUAUCACUGAGCUAAGAAUGCUAGGCCUCUACUGAGGAGAAAAAAAUGCUGGUUUUCCUUCCACAUUGAGAUUUUACUCAUUUUACUCACAACGUGAAAGAGUCAGUUGUACAGCCGUGUGUCAUGAGGCAACCAUUGGAGCGCGGCAACGAGUAAUUUGUUGUGCCUUGUUAAGUUACCAUAUGACGAAAAAUUCUCCUCAAAUGUUUAAUUUCCAUACUGAAAAUGUAGGAGAAAGAUGUGAUAAUUGGACACUUCAGUUUAAGCAGUAUGUGACGAUUAAUAUUUCAGAAGACAUACUUGUAUGUUUAUCAUUGUACAUAGAAAUUAUAUUUUCAAAA